UCCGGAAAAGGGUAGGCCUGGCCAGAGGCUUCUUUAAACACAAGGCCAGAGCCUAUGUAACUCCCAUUUGAUCAGGCCCCCGCCCAGAGACAGUACACUCAGCCAGUAACCAGAGCCCCAGGAGCCAACUUCAAGAGCAGGAGCAUGGCCGAGGGAUUCAAGAAGUAUUUCAAUGGCACCACCAUCAAUGGCCGAGCCAAUGUGGCCAAAGCCACGUAUGCCACGUUGGCGUUGCUGUACAUCUUCUACAGGAUGCGGAAGGGCGGCUCCAAGGAGCAAUCCCAGCUGGCCAGCGGCAAGUGCAGCUGCGAAAGCGAGACGGGACCGGGUCCCCACUCGGAUCCCGGCAUCUAUGAGGUGGAUCCCGAUUGUUCCGUAUGCCGGGAACGAUCCGAGAAGGCCAUGACCGAGUACGACAAGGAGCAGCAGCGCAAGGCGGCCCAGGAGGAAGAUGAUGGCUGUCGCGAUGAUCCUCCACCGCCACCGUCCGGCGGCUCUGGCGGUCAGCCGCGUCGCAAGUGUCCUUGCGAGGAGCCCAGUCGCCGGGUGGAGGGAUCCGUGAAGCACAGUAGCCACCACAUCACCGGCCACUCCACCACCAAUUCGAGCUCCCACAGCAGCAGCAACAAGGUCAGGGGUCACCAGUUCCAGUCGCCGUAUCAGUACCAGCAGCGAUACAGUCAGAGCAGUGCCGCACAGGCCCAAGCGGAGCAAGUGCGUCCGGCGAGUGCGCUGGUGGGUCAGGUGCACGACGCCGUCUAUCGGGUCUUCCGCGGCGUGGUGGGCGCCAUGUUCGGCGGCUCGACGAUCAACACCAGUUCGGGGAGCGGCGAGAAGGCGGAAGGCCAGACGCCGGGAGGUAUUGCCUCGGCAUCGGAUUCGUCAGCGGCGGCCGCGUCCGCCACGUCACCGUCGUCCUCCAUGGUGGACGAGCAGGAGGAGGAGGAGGAGCGCGACGAUGGCCAGGACUACGAUGGCAGCGAGGAGACGCCUCUGAAGCGGCGGACUGCCCCCCGAUCCUGUGUGCCGACCAGCCACGACAUGCCGGACGUGGUGGGUCUCGAGGAGGGGCACUACCUCUACCAGAAUCAGCCCGAGGAGUCAUACUCUCCACCAGCUCGGGAAGCCUACUCCGGACCGGAAUCGUCCAAAUCGCACAAGAAUGAGAACGACUAUAGCGGCUUCACCGACGGCUUCGCCUCCGGGCUCUUCUUUGGCGGCGAGGAUCAGUGAGGGGGGCCAGUGUGGUCUCCUAGGGACUCCAGGAUCAGGAACUGGACUAUGCCGGAAUCUGAGCGGGUGCCUCCGUAGAAUUCAAAAUUUCUGUUUUGAAGAAUAAAUCUGAAUAAAUCCCUUAGGCUUUUCAACCUA